AUGGACUAUGAGUGGACGAACAGGUCCCCAGUCAAACCCGCUUGGUCGAGCCACAGCGAAGACCCUAGCACGCCCAAAAAACGACCGUUUGAACAAGUGAAUCCCGCGACACCAGGGACAGGCGUACCAGCGACACCUACAUUUGGCCGAAACCAGAACGUGCCUUUCUUAUUCAAUCCUACGCCGGUCCCACAAACUCCUUCAGGCUACCCUUGGGCUCCACCACCUCAAUUCUCUCCUACAAAGGCAUUUCCUCAACCUGAGAUUCACGAUGUCGACAUGAAUGAGGCCAGUCCUGCGAAGGACGAAAAGGAGAACGACCCGAAGGAAACAGAGGAGAAACGACCUGUCGCACCUGGUGCAUUACGACGCGUUUAUAAUCGACGUACGCGUUCAACUGCGCGGUCUAGAGCGAGGAAUAGGAGCGAUAGUCACGAUGAUUCGGGUGUUGGAUCGGCGAGUGAAGAAGAUGACGAAGAAGAGGAUGACCGCAGACUGGCUAUUCGUCCAAAGUCUACCUCUAAUCAUUACACAUUGAACUUGCCUGCACAACCAUCUCCGCCAUCUGAUUUGCCAUAUGUCCUUCUCGGCUAUACCCAAUUCUUCUUCAACCUUUCACUGAUCUUGAUGUUCCUAUACCUCGCGGUCCAGUUCAUCUUGACCGUUCAGAGGGAUGUUGAAAAGCGGGUGACUGAAUACUCACAAGACAUCGUACAGGAAAUCGCGAUGUGCGCCACCCGUUACACCGAUAACGGAUGCGCAACCACCCGGGCACCCGACUUGCUGCACAAAUGUGCAGAGUAUGAGGCCUGCAUGAACCGGGAUCCUACCACUCUAGGGCGAGCGAGGAUUAGCGCCGAGCUGAUCGCAGAAGUGAUCAAUAGCUUUGUCGAACCAAUCAGCUGGAAGACCCUGGCAUUCACUCUGACCUCAUUGGCCUUCAUGACCCUAUUCAUUAACACUCUUCUUACAUUCUAUCGAACACGAACCCAACCAAACGCCGCACCCGCGCAACCAACAGCCUCAUUUCCUGCUAUGCAUAGCGGCCCUUAUCCUUCUCACCCCUUCGGCGGCUUCCUAUCUCCAGCACCGACACCUAAUUGGAGCCGCUUCAAGACUGGCACUCCAGAAGAGAUGGAGUCUCCAACCAGACGGCGAAAGCUCGAGGGAGGAGCUUCGGCCAAAAUUAAAUGA